CCACCGCCGCGAUGACGUCAGAGCUGUCAGCCGGCUGCUGUCCUGACCUCGGCAAUGUCACCUGCGCGCUGGCCAAUGAGAGCGCGUGCUCGACGGGGGGCGGGGCCUCCGCCGAGGGGCGCUCCUUUGACAUGCCCUGGUGGGCGUCGCUGUCGUGGACCGUGGCGUUUGUCGUGAUGCUGGUUAUCGCCAUCGGCGGAAACAGCAUCGUCUGCUGGAUCGUACUAGGUCAUCGGCACAUGCGCACCGUCACCAACUACUUCCUGGUGAACCUGAGCGUGGCCAACCUGCUCAUGUCCUGUCUCAACUGCACGUUCAACUUCGUCUACAUGGUGAACGCCGAUUGGCCGUUCGGCCUGACCUACUGCAUCAUCAACAACUUCUUCGCUAACUUCACCGUGUCGGCCAGCGUGCUGACCCUGAUGGCCGUGGCUAUGGAGAGGUAUCUGGUGAUCGUCCACCCUCUGAGACGCCGGAUCAGGAAAUGUGAAGCCGUCUCUUGUAUCGUGGUAAUCUGGCUCAGCAGUGCCGGAUUGAGCACACCCUGUCUGCUGUACUCAACCAUCGUUUCUCACAGAUACCCGUCCGGUCACGAAGUACACGGCUGUAUCCUGGUGUGGCCAGAUGGACCCCAGAUGUCUUCCUUCACUGACUACGUGUACAACAUGAUAUUUCUGGCGCUCACCUAUAUUCUGCCCAUGAUUGCCAUGGCGGUCUCCUACACAAUUAUCGGUCACCACCUGUGGGGAGCUCAGAGUAUCGGCGUGAAAACCGAUCGGCAGAUGGCCUCCAUCCGAUCCAAAAGAAAGCUGGUGAGAAUGUUCAUCAUCGUGGUGAGCACGUUCGCGUUCUGCUGGCUGCCGUACCAGGUGUACUUUGUGUACACGUACCACGACACCACGCUGGCCAAGGAAGAGUUCGUUCAGCACUUGUUUUUGGCGUUUUACUGGCUCGCCAUGUCAUACUCAAUGGUCAAUCCGCUCAUCUAUUUCUGGAUGAACAGGAGGUUUCGACUAUACCUGGCGCACUGGUGUCAUUGUGCAUGCUUCAGCGGGGGCCUCGAGUACGCCAAAACGGUGGUGUCAAGAGUGGACUCGGUCGUAGUAAUCACAGGACGAAGGAAUUCAAUGGAUUGUCCCAGCCGGUCGCCCGUCAAUUCAGCUGUGGUUCUCAAUUCAUCCCGUGGUCGAGAUCGGCCGAUCGUCCUGCCAUCUCGCGGAUCGACGGUGCUGCCACCGAGCGGUCGAAAAGGGAACCAUGUACUAAAUGGUCGUGCCGGCGGAUUGCAGGUUGGGGAUGGCAAAGGCGCUACAGCUGGAUUCAAAUGGAAUGGAAAGGAUUUUGAGAGCGAGAACAAGAUGCAGUCCAAGAGGAAACAUUGCACGGUGUUUAGGGACAAGGUUUCUACGACAGAGGAGGCUGAAAUGUCCAAUGAAAUCGAGAUUUCGGAGAUAUUUGAAGUAGGGAGCUCGCCAGCUUCUAUCGGCAAACUAAGAAACCGUAGCCCAAUCAAAAUCCCUAGACCAGCGAAGGAAGUUGAACAAAUCUUGCCAAUCGGGCUUAGCGAUGAUCACAGCUCUGCUACCAAACGACAAGUUGUUAUUUCACAAUACGACCAGAUGGCGUGUGCAACUGACGAGAACGGCAGUCGAGAGAAAACUUUAAACGUCUCACAACAAAGCCUCGUAUCCGGCGUAGUGAGCCAAACGGUUGAAAUCAAUAACAUACUGGUUUCAACCAGUAUCAAAGCAAACGAAACUAGUCAAAAAGCCAACAACAAGCCUCAUGCCAAAGCACUAAUCACACCGUCGGUGACGCAACUGGUAACCUCAUCUGGCAACUCAAGCGAUGAGAACUCGAUCCUAACGUCAUCGGCACAGCGUGAGGCGACUAAUCCGACGCAGAAAAGGCAGAACUGCGGCAACCAGGCAGCUCGUGUUCGGAUUUCUGGAGAGGAAUGCGUGUCAUCACACGAUCGACAGAGAUCGGUAGAAGUUGUACCGAUGUCGGAAAAACUCCAGGAUGAAAAACUCGAGAAAAGUAAACCCACCGAAGCCGAAGCAAAUGAUCUUCAGCUGCCAUCGUCUUCUACCUGUCAGCAGAGACAAGGACCGACGGCAGAUUCAAUGUCAGUGCUGCAACCAGGGAUAGAGCCAGGCUCCCAACCAGGACCGUGUUCUAUGUCAGGACCGGGGUCAGAGCCGGAGUCAGAGCCGGGGUCAAAGUCGGUAUUGAGAACAGUACAGGGCAGAGUCUGUCCCGUGAGCUCGUUCGCCUCUCCCUCCGCGGUCCCACGGCGCCUCAUUACCCUGUCUAGGGGUCACAAGCUGCCGGGAGCUGCUCAGCACAGCCGGCGAGUGACGACCCCCGACCUCCCCGAGCGUCUCGAGCGAGUCGAGCGAAUCGAGCGUCCCGAGCGAGUCGAGCGAAUCGAGCGUCUCGAGCGGCGGGAUGACGCUCUGGUGCAUACCGCGCCGCCCACAACUCAUACAACACGAAUCUCCCGUAAGGAUACGCGACCCGUGCUGGAGGAGACGCCACAAAACGCAAAUCACGACGACCACACAGUGACCCAAGAGGGGUGUCGCUUCUCUUCGGAGCCUCACCGGUCUCCGAAGGGUGAAUGUGGGGUGAACUUUCAUCAGACGAUUGCCCAGCUAGUUAGUGGUCGUUUUGACUCGGAGGCUGAUGAUGGGUCGAAGCACGAGGAACUUCAAUUCAGUCGCGAGUUUCUAGCGUAAGUUGGUUGACCGUGCGGAUGUUUUUGAGAACCCCAAAGGUUCAUAGAGGUUCAUAGAUAGCAAAGAAAUCAAAGGACUCCAAAAAAACCUUUCUCUAACGCUUCGAAAUACGUUUUAUUAAAAAGGAAAUAGUUGAAACUGUUGUUGAUAAAGCAACAGCUAGGUUAAAAAGUUAGGAGCGAACAAAUUAUUAAUAUUGUGAAUGUAUAAUUAGCUCCUCCUGGUUAAAAACUUUGUGUUUGGAAGCAUAAUGGAGAUUAUAUUUUUGUCAGAACGACGCGCAGGAUAGGUACUUUUUGUCGGUGUUUAAAAGUGGCAGCAUUCAAUGUGCAAUGUCCAGUUGUGCAGUGUUGGUUGUUUAUUGCAUACUUUUCGUUGCGAAGAGUAAAAUGUGUUGGCAUGUGAAAGGAAGUGUGCCAUUUUUUGUCCGUGUGUUCGUGUUCAGAGACGUACAAAUGACUAGCUUCCUGCCAAGAAUCGCAACUCAGUGCGAUUUUAUCAAGCUGAUAUUUGAUAUUCAUUAUUCGGUAUAGUCGGCUGUUGUUAUAAAUAAAAGAAACGUAUUUACGCAGGUGUACCUAUCGUCCCGCACGUUAUUACUCGCUAAAAUAAAUUUAACUUUUGUGCAUACAUGGUUCAAGCUAUUAAAAUUAUUUAAUUUGGUGAAAAAUGAGUAAGCAGCCCCGACGCUUGGUCCCAUCACAAUUUCAAUAACUAUGUCCAUAUAGUUAUGUGGUGGGAAUAAUUACGCUUUGAUGAUAAAGUACCUGUAUCAGAUGCGUAGGAAGCGAGUGCAAACUGUAAAGGCCAUCAUUGUAUGCUGUCAUUGGCAUUGCCUGGUUGAUUUCUAUCUUAUUUUGCUUGGCCAGAUUGGCCCAAAUUCAUUCCCGAUUUAGCCAUAUAAUGUCGUUUUUAAGCCAAACAUGCAGGUCACUUUUGUCAAAAGGUAGCCUGUCGUCUGCCUCCGUUAGAAGUGUCUGUGUAUCAGCUCAAUUGAGCUGUUUUCCGUUGGAUGUGUUAUCGGCGAGUCUGAAGAACAAUGUUUCGAUGGCGUGUGAGGUAAUGUGUGCAAUAUUAGCCCUUUGGAUGCAGCGUGAGUUAUUUUCCUGCGGUGCAGUUUGUAAGUCAAGUUGCAGUAGUGUCUCCCGUUUAGCUAUUGUAUUCGCCUCGUAUUUACGAAGGAUACCGGCUCAAAAACAGGGUAGAUAGAAUAACAAAAACUCGGUGAAGGUAGAUGUAAGCCGUCUAUUGAGACGGAAGACGGCACCUGAUCUGCCAUAGCUCGUAGUAGACUAAGCGUGGAAUAAUGUGCCAAGACCUGAGCAAGGCAGAGUGAAUUUACUUAUGAUUACUGUAUAGGAAUCAUGUGUGUCGUGUACUGUGUAUAAUGUAUCGUGCGUUACUUCAACUCCGUGUGGUAAACCACCGUUCUGGCCUCACCACGAGCGUUAUUCUUUUUUUCGACUUCGACCCAAUGUGAACAGUCAUUUUUGCUACAUCACUAAUCAAAUAUAUCUCAAAUAUCGGCAAAAAUGCUGACACAAGAUCAAAUAUGAGCUUUCGCCUUUCAGAUUCCGGUUACAUUUCUUUUUUCGGAGAUAACCGGUAGGCGUUUGACGUCGCCAUAAUGCGUGAAUAAAUCGUCGCUUUUCAUGUCA